CUGAAAUCAAAAAGUCGCAAACUGCCUCCACGUUUUUGAUUGGCUGUACUAUAUGACGUCAGAAUACGUCAUGUUUGCGAGGAAAAAUCGUACAGUUCGCUAGCUGUCUGCUAAAUAAGAAGGUUGCAAGGUUAUUUUACAUUAAAUCUUUUGAAACAUGUUUCUAAUUAUUUGUAAUUAUGUUGCGGUGUUUAAAUAUUGAUUUGCAUCAUGGUACGAGUAUGUAGUGCAAAUAAUUGUUCAAAUAAGUAUAGUACUGGGAUAAAGUUCAGGAGGUGCCCUUGUAUUCCUCAUCUGCGGCAACAAUGGUUAGAAAAAUUAAACAGAAGUACUAUGGGAAAUGAAUUUUAUCUUUCUGAGGAACAUUUCAGCAGAGAAGAUUUACAAACAAAUACUCGAAGCCUUAUUCCUAUAAUUUUUUGCAACUGCUCAAAUACUUGUAGGAAUGUCAAACCUUUGCAGGUCAAUAAUAAAACUUUUAAUCCUUUAGAAGAUCAUCCAGGACUACCAAAACAUCUACAGAAUAGGAACAAAAAGACAAGUAAUAAAGAGAAUGAAAAACUUUGCAUCAAAAGAGGACGUCCAAAAAAAGAAUGUAUACAUGAGACACAAUGUCCCAUAGCCUUAAGAAGACAGAUCGUUUCAUCUUUGGUUCCUCGACCAACUGCGAUAGAGUCCACUUCUCAAAGAAAUAUAUCUUCUAGCUAUAUGCAUUGUAAUAAUCAGUCGAGUCAUAAUGUAACACAUUGUGAUAUGAAUGUGGACCUUAGUGAAUGUAAAAUACCUUCCAGCAUUGUGCAAUACGAUAAUCAGUCGAGUCAUAAUAUAGGAGUAACUUCUUGUGAUAUGAAUAUGAAUAGAGACCUUGACGAAUGUCAAGUACCUUCUAGCAUUAUGCACUGUGAUAAUCAGUCGAGUCAUAAGAUAGGAGUAACACAUUGUAGUGCGAAUAUGAAUGUGAUUCUUAGAGAAUGUAAGGUACCAUUGAUAGCAAGUAAGAUGAAUGAAGUCCAAACAAGAACUGAUUUUAACCAAAGUAUUAAUAAUAAUAAUCAAAGUACAAAUAAUAAUACUGGUCUAAGUGCAAUAGCGGAACUACGGGACUUUAGUCAAAAUAUUAACAUUCAUACAUUGACAAACUCCAUAUAUGAAAAUGUUGAACAAUGUGGGAAAUCUAAAAGUAAUGUUAAUUCAAAGAGUAGCAUUGUGAUAAGUACUACAAGAUAUAGCAGAAAUUCGGAGUGUGAAUCUAUUAAUAACAAUAUAAUAGUGAGAAACAUGACUGGACCUGAUAGUUAUAUAAUAUUUGAUAAUACAAUACCUGAUAAUACAAUACCUGAUAAUUCUAUAAUAGAAGGAAGUCCCAGUCGUAAUCCUAGUAUUGUAAACAGUUGUAUGACAUAUAAUACCAGUACCGUAGAAUGUAAAAAUUAUUUUAUUCAAAAUUGUCGGAAACUUAUGCUGAAACAAUCCAAAAUUCUAUCUAUUGAUAUUCAACCUACAUUGAAUCCAUCUUUGAAACUUGAUAGUAUUUUACAGCAAAACCGUGUCCUGAAAAGAAAAGUUGACAGUUUACGUAAAUUAGCUACAUAUUGGCAGAAAAAGUUAUCAUCUUUUAAGAACAAAUUGUCUUCUCGCUUUGGGGAGGAUCAGCUUAAUGCUCUAUGUUUGAGUUCGAGUCGCGGCAGUAAAUGGACAAAUAAGACAUUACAAAUCGCUUUACAGUUGCAUUUUGCAUCUGGCACCACUGGAUAUCAAUUACAGUCACAGCUACAAAUGCCUUUGCCGUCUGUUCGUCUUCUUCAAUUUAAACUUCAACAUGUACAGUUCUCGCCUGGUUUGUUGCAUGACAUUUUUAAGCUUCUUCAUAAAAAAAUAAGCUCAAUGAAAACUAUAAACAAAGACUGCGUUCUUAUUUUUGACGAGAUGGCAAUUCAGAAGAAAAUUGAUUACAAUGCAGGAACCAAGUCAUACAUAGGUUGGUGUACUAUACCAGGAGCAAAACCAAAAGUAACUUCACAGUUAAAGCUUCAAUAUCCUGAUCCUGAUACAAGAGAGAAAUGGCGGACUGAGGUAUCCCUAUCAAUGCUAAAGGAAAAGCAGUCAAAGAUCGCUGUCUAGAAAUUGUACGUGAGUCGUACAAAGUGGGAAUAACAGUUCGUGUUCUGACUUGCGACAUGGGUAAUCGUAAUGUAUGGAAAGCCCUGGGAAUAGAAGUGGGUCCGCAGAUACUGAAUAACAGCUUCUGCCAUCCAUGUGUUGAAGGUAUCGCAGACCAACACCUACACCACUUCAAGUAACGCAACGGCUAAGACAAACUACUAUUUCAAUGCUUUUGAGGGAAGUACCUGGAAGUAGUUAUGACUUUAAGACAGAGGGAGAAAUACUUAUUAAUAUCUUUGAAGAGUUGAAAUUUGCUGCUUUGGAUACUGCUUUGAAUAACAAUGGAG